AUGUGGAUUACACUAACAUCUCUAUACACCAAACGACAUAUGACACUGUACUUAAAUAAUUUAUGCACAUUCACACAUAUCGUAAUAUUUUUGUUGAUGGUUCCUGAAUUACACUGUUCAAACAUCCAAAAUGGAGUCAAGCCAGUCAAUAAGGAUCUGGGACCGUUAACUUUACCACCAUCAGCAUUUUCAGCAAGUUCUGUAUACCAAAACAAACCUGAAUAUCAGCCACACAAAGCUAAUUUUGUAGUGUUUGCUUCAAAAGAAGAGAUUUCUGGUGCUUGGUGUCCAGCUAAGUUGAUUCAUCGAGAACUAGAUGAAUGGCUUCAAAUCGAUUUUGGGACACUUAAACUCAUUAAAGUUUUAUUCUCUGAAGGUGGUGGAUUAAAUCAGAAUGCAUUCGUUCCCAUGUUUGUCAUCAGAUAUCAACGUGAGGAUAAUUCAAAAUGGUAUGAAUAUAGAAUGAGAAAUGGAAGCAGGCUGCUUUACGCAAAUCGAAAUAGUCAAACCAUAGCUAUACAACUAGAUCCACCAAUUAUAGCCAAACGAUUUCGUAUACUGCCUUACACAACUGAAUCAAAUCCUAAAUUAAUGUGCCUUCGAUUAGCUAUCUAUGGAUCUGUGUUUGACGAUGGAGUCGUGGAAUAUUCAAUCCCUGAAGGAGAUGUUUACCGACUUGAUCCACGUGGAGAUAUUGUUCUGAAUGACACAAGUUAUGAUGGAGUGUUAAUCUCAGAACCGUCUGUAACCAGUGGUUCUAGUGAUACAACUGAACGACGUGAUUAUCUUACUGGUGGUCUUGGUCUACUUAUGGAUAAACAGUACUUUGAAGGGAGUCUUCCUGAACAUUUAGGCAGUCAUAGCGUUGUCGGUUGGUUUCGACGUCUGCAUACUUCUCCUUCUGGUCGUAUUACUAUGUUGUUCAAAUUCGAUCAAGUUCGAAAUUUUACUCGAAUGCGUAUCCAUACUUUAAAUUCAUUGGAUUAUAUUGCUCUUUUUCGUCGAGUUUCUGUUCAAUUCAGUAAUGGAGGUCGUUAUUUUGAUCGGAAUCAUUCACCUACUGUUGUUGAUAUACAACGUGAUGUUUAUAGUUCUCAGCCUCGUUGGGUUCCUAUUGAUUUGGGUUUCCGUAUAGGUCGUUAUUUAAGAAUUACACUAUGGUUUGACUAUGAUUGGAUUAUAAUUUCAGAAAUUACUUUUGAGUCAUCAUAUAUGUCGAGUGGGGCUAUCAUACAAGCAGAGCAGUCUGAUGAUCCUGUUCAAAAGAUUCCUGACUUUGAUUCAUCUACUAUUGAUUCAGAUGGAGAGAGACUGUCGGUUAUUUCAAAAUCAUCUGAUCAACAAUUACGUUUGUCAUCGGUGAUUAAUUCACAUUCAACCCUAAAUGAUAUCGAUACUGAAAAGAAAUCAACACAACCGCCAAUAUCUACACCACUAUCUGAUACACCAAUUAGUGCAACAUUUAAAUUUAGAACAUCAAAUGUACCGUUCAUUUGCAUUUGCAUGCUUCUUUGCCUUUAUGAUAUUUCGAUUGAAACGAUGUCGACGAAGACGUUUGAAAAAGUUACAAAGAAUCAAGUACAACAAACCUUAGAUAAACAACCUAUACAACAACAUUUACUUCUUAACACUGGACAAAAUCAAAACUCUUUAUCAUCCACAUUAUCCACUCCUUCUUCAUCAUCUUCGGUUCCUUGUAUUAUUCCUGCUUUGAAUGCGUCAUAUCAGUACAAUCAGUUGAAAUCUACUAGCAAUAAUUAUACUAAUGACAAUGGGAAUAUUAAUAACAAGGUAAACUCCAGUGCUGUAAACCUUCAAACUCCAACAUUUAUGGAUACGCAUAGUAAUCAUCUAGCUGCUUUAUCUCAAGGUUAUACAGAGAUGAUGACUCAUCCUACUGGAACGGUUUGUACUCCAUACUCGACUGGAAUUGACCAAGACGGUUUGUUGGCUUUUCAACUACUACAACAUGGCUCUUCGGCUGGCUCAAAUUUUCCCUCAAUGAGUGGUUUAACACUGGCUCGACGUGGCCGUUCCGAUACUUCUGGUGUUUUUGCUGUACAUCCAAUGGUAACACUGGGAGCAGACAACAAACUUGUUGGCGUAAAUCUACCACCGAACUAUCAUCAUCAACAUAUAAUUUCAAAUGUCGGAAAUCAGUUACCAGAUCCCAACAAUCCUAAUAAUCGUUUGUUAAUCAAUACAUCGUUAUCUCCUGUUUUCCCAUAUGCUGCUGCAUCAUCAUUCGUCUCUCAAGCCUAUCCAACUGAAAACGGUUUUAUAUUGUCUAUAGAUAGUCCAAUGCCAGAAUAUGCAAGCGCCUCACUUUUUAGUGGAACAGGAAGUGGAACAAUAAGUUUAGGUCCAAAUGAUCUUAGAAAUUCAAUUAUCUCCAAAACAACUAUUGAUAGUGAUACUAGUAAAUAUAAACAACUAAUGGAGACGUAUUGUAUUCCACAACAUAUGAAUUCGUGUUUUUGGACACCGAACAAUCAUCAUCAUCAGUUCAAUAAUAAUGGUAUUCCUAAUAUAUCGAUUACUGCAUCAUCUGAUACUAAUAAUACUCAAGGAAGCACACCUAAUGAACAACUUUCAGAGAGUAUGGAUUCUAGUGGAAUGUAUUAUUUAACACAUAAAAAGCAUACAGACAAUAAUAAUAAUAAUAAUAAUAAUAAUAAUAAUAAUAAUCAAAUCCCUUCAAAUCAUAUUCAUCAAAAUCCUGUUUUUCUACCGUUUUCUACUAAUCCCACAGCAACACACUUAAUACCAAUUCAAACAAUUGGUCUACGACCUAGCAUUUUAGUAUCAAACAGAGAUGAUCAAACAGUUAUUCAUCAAACUUAUCAACAUGAUAAAAAUCAGUCAAUCAAUUUGUCGAUAAAUAAUCAUCAUAAUUAUCAAGAGAAAAAUUCUAAAGAUGUGAACAAUUUCAUAGCUACACCGAAUAGGUAA